AUGGCCAUGGCCACCACCUCCUCCCGACUCACCACCACCCAGUACUCCUUCCUCUCCUCCACGCCAUGCUCGCCCGCCACCAUGGCGGCGCUCCCGCGGCGGCGGAGACCCAGCGCGCGGUACCCACGCAUCCAGGCCAUCGAGUUCGACCAGAACACGGUCGUGGCCAUAACUGUCGGCGUCGUCAGCGUCGCCGCCGGGAUAGGCAUCCCGAUUUUCUACGAGAAUCAAAUUGAUAAUUCCGCGAAGAGAGACAACAACCAGCCGUGCUUCCCCUGCAGCGGCUCCGGCGCGCAGGUAUGCAGGUUUUGCACCGGAGCAGGGACUGUUACUGUAGUAAUUGGCAAUGGUGAAUCUGAAGUAUCAAAGUGUGUCAACUGCGAUGGCAUUGGCUCAUUGACAUGUACCACAUGCCAAGGUAGUGGCAUUCAGCCACGCUAUCUUGAUCGCAGGGAGUUCAAGGAUGAUGAUGACUGA